CCUACAUUUUACCACUGGGGUCUGGAGGUAUCCUUACAUUAGAAAAGCUAGAGUUUUCAUGUCUUGAGCAGAAAGGAAAUUAAGCAUCACAAUGACUUCGUCCGUUCCUAAAGAAUAUAUGAAUGGCCAUGUCCACCUGGAAGAAUCAAACUUGUAUGACUCAGAUGGGAAGCUGUUCCUUACUGAGGCUUUCCAAGUGAUUAUGGAGGAGAUACUUCACAAGGGCACUGACAUAAAGGAGAAGGUGUGCGAGUGGAAAGAUCCAGAGCAGCUGAGAACUAUUCUGGACCUGGAGCUCCGAGAACAUGGAGAAUCUCACCAGCAGUUACUGCAGAGGGUCCGGGACGUGGCGAGAUACAGCGUUAAAACCUGUCAUCCUCAUUUCUUCAACCAACUGUUUGCUGGGGUGGAUUACCAUGCCCUGACCGGACGACUACUCACUGAAACUCUCAACACCAGCCAAUACACCUAUGAAGUGGCUCCAGUGUUUGUCUUAAUGGAGGAGGAAGUGCUUUGUAAACUACGUUCUCUGGUUGGAUGGUCAGAAGGUGAUGGAAUAUUCUGUCCUGGGGGUUCUGUGUCCAACAUGUACGCCAUGAACAUCGCUCGAUACUGGGCCUUCCCCCAAGUGAAGACACAGGGCUUGUGGGCCAUACCACGACUGGCCAUAUUUACUUCACAGCAGAGUCAUUACUCCAUGAAAAAGGCAGCUGCUUUUCUUGGUAUCGGGACGGAGAAUGUUUUCCUUGUAAAAGUGGAUGAGAGAGGCAGCAUGAUACCAGAAGACCUGGAAGCAAAAAUUGUUCAGGCAAAAUCCCAAGAUGCUGUUCCAUUCUUUGUCAAUGCCACAGCAGGCACCACAGUGCAGGGUGCCUUUGAUCCCCUCAACAGUAUUGCUGACAUAAGUGAAAGAAACAACAUGUGGAUGCAUGUUGACGCUGCUUGGGGAGGAAGUGUGCUGUUUUCCAAAAAACACAGACAUCUGGUCGCUGGGAUAGAAAGAGCCAACUCUGUGACUUGGAACCCCCACAAAAUGCUUCUAGCUGGCCUGCAGUGCAGUGUUGUUUUGUUAAGGGAUACCACGAAUUUGCUGAUGCACUGUCACAGUGCCAAGGCAACUUACUUGUUCCAACAAGACAAGUUUUAUGAUACAAGUCUGGACACAGGAGACAAGUCUAUACAGUGUGGGCGCAAAGUGGACUGUUUGAAACUCUGGUUGAUGUGGAAGGCAAUAGGAGCAUAUGGACUUGCAGAACGUGUAGAGAAGGCCUUUGCCCUUGCAAGGUAUUUAGUUGAAGAAAUGGAGAAACGAGAGAAUUUCCAGCUGGUCUGUAAGGGGCAGUUUGUUAAUGUUUGCUUCUGGUUCAUACCACCCAGUCUGAGAGGAAAGGAGAACAGUGCGGAUUACCAAGAAAGUUUAUCAAAGGUGGCGCCAGUCAUCAAAGAGAGAAUGAUGAAACAUGGAACAAUGAUGGUGGGUUACCAGCCCAUGGAUGGAUAUGUCAACUUCUUCCGAAUGGUUGUUGUUUCACCUCAACUGACCACUAAUGACAUGGAUUUCGUCCUGGAUGAGAUAGAGAGAUUAGGAAAGGACCUGUAAUCAGUUUGAAUGUAGAGUCUGUGUGUGUGUGUGUGUGUGUGUGUGUGUGUGUGUGUGUGUGUGUGUGUGUCACAGUCCCAUUGUUCUUUUAUGUCCACUUUUCAAAUGGCCUUUUUAAAAAAGAAAAAAAAAAAAAAGGUAACUAAUG